GGUUUCCUGUAGGGGAGUUUGGACGGCACGUGGAGAUGUCGAAGGGGUCGAUGGGGAGGAAAAUGGGCAAGAAGGUGCUCGAGAAAAUCGACCACUCGUCGAAACUGCGGACAAACAUCCCCGCGGGGAUGGCGUCGGCUGCACCACCGCUGGGAUCUCAGCUCGGACAGAGGAAUAUCAACAUCGAGAACUUCUGCAAGGAUUUCAACAAGAGGACAGCCAAUAUCAAGGAGGGCAUUCCUUUGCCUUGUCGAGUGAAGGUCCACUCUGACAGAACGUACGAUCUGGUGAUCCACAAGCCGCCGGCGACGUACUAUUUGAAACAGGCAGCUGGGAUACAGAAAGGAAGAGUUAAGAAGGGCGAAAUAGCCGGCAAGAUAACUCUGAAACAUUUAUACGAAAUCGCAAAGAUCAAGGCCGAGGAUCCACCCAAUGCAUUGCUGUCUCUAGAGCACAUGUGUCAGAUGCUAGUCGGCAUUGCCCGCACAUGUGGCAUCGAGAUCGUGCGUGAGAUAGAUCGGAACGAAUACGCGCAGUUUCUAAAGGACAGGGAAGCGUUUAUCGAGGAGUAUAAAGAGGAGCUUCGAUUAGCUAAAGAACGCAAAGUGCUUAGAACAAACUAAUUUGUAAGUAGAAUAUAUAUUAAUAUUUUUGUUUCUAUUGUAACUAUUGUAUAUAUAUAUAUAUGUAAUAAAAAGCAUACUCUUUUAA